AUGCUCAGACUGACUAUCGAAUCGAUUCCUCUCGCUUAUCUCUUUACCCUGCUGACCCCUGCAUCCGCCUGGCAGCAAUCAAUAACUAGCGAUGGCAGUUCAGAGUUACGGGUUAAGGUACUUGACUACGGCGGCGAUGAGUGUCACAACAGAAACGGUGGCCCGGAGGGUGUAAUGGGCAUCAUGAACACCAGAAACUCGGAUCAACUCAAAGGCAUGGCAUUUUGGGAUAUAGCGGGAUGUGACAAAGUUGAUCCGGAAAGAUAUUCGCUUUUCAUCCAUUGGUAUGACUUACCGGCUGCGAUUCAACUACUGGACUUGGGACUGCCGGGGCUGGAACAUAGAUGGAAGAGCUUUCGGCGUAUAGUUCCUAACUCCCCCUCUUGGAUUAACUUCAAGAAUUCUGGUAAAGGGAAAUAUAUCCCAGGACCAGAUGGUAUAACGCCCAUUGGUGGUUUCUUUGCUGAUCUUCUAGAGAAGAUACCGCCGGGUUCCAUAAGAUACCGAGUGAUGGGAACAAACGAGUACAUAACCAUCAAGGACGCAAUUUACGUCCCGAAAAUGGUAUCUACCGGCGGGUCACUAGUCGAGGAUAAAUUGCUUAGUGUGACAGAAAUGGCAGAGGCGAGAGAAACCUUGCGAGGACAGGUCAGCAAUUGGUUCUACGCAACAGGAGGUACUCCAAUGCACCUCUUACAGACGAAAGAUUACAUCUUCCAUGACCGCGUCAGUCAAGCAUAUGUCCAAGCUGCCCAACCCCUAAACAUCGGAAAGAUCAAGAACCCCGGUGUACUUGUUGUGAAACAAAUGCUAGGGGAGUAUAGGUAUCCGCGGGGAAGCGAUAAAGAUAAGGCGCUAGUGGACGCCGCAAACGAUGAAAGAGAACGUGUUGAGAAACUGCAGCUUGAGUCGCAAGCAAUAAAAUACACGAAAUUUUUACGGAAGGACCAAAAUGAACAUUACAAGAAGUAUUUGGCCUCUCUAGGAUUUACUGGGGAGCCACGGGGCCAACCUGGUCAGCCAAUGUUCUUUCCUCCACAGUCUUAUGGGGAAAUCAUAGGAGUAGAUGAACCAAAGCCUGAAGUUGACACGAGUACCAAUCCGCCAAUAAAUUUCCCUAAUUCUCAAAUUAAUAUAGAAGAACAACAAAACCAGACACAAACAAAAAAUAUUGAACAGCCCAGGAUGGAAGAGACUUUUGCUGCAGACCUAAUAAAAUCAGUCAGGGAAGCUCUAGUGGAAGGGUACCAGGAACAAUUCGGGUUUCCUUCUGACCCUUCUAUUGAAAACAGCUUUGCAAAUAUCAGGCCAGACCCUGAAGAUUUUUUUCGCCAACAAUUUAUGACGGCACCGCAAGCCUCACAAAAGUAUAACGAUCUAGAUAGAGAUUUCAUUGACGUCCUAGACCAGCAGUAUUUACGACAAAGAGAGGCGUUGAAAUCUAAAUCAUUGAACGAAUUGGAUUGGGAGUUUGGGAAUGUCGAUCCUUGGGCGAAGUUUAGGAUACCGAAUCUGGGGAGCCAAAGUUUUGACUUGGGACUUAGAAAUCAAAAUCAAGGGGGUGUAGCAGCCCUACAGGAUCAGCUUGCCCCUAGUGUGGAAGAAUUUGAAGGUGGAGAAGAAUUAUUGAACGCAAUCUUCGCUGGAAACGAGCAAGAGAUACAGGAGAACGACAUGUCUAGAUUUGAGGAAGAGAAGGUCGGGGAAUCCGAUAAUUACAACUAA